AAGAGAAGGGGGGGGAGCUUCAACAACAGCCCGAACCAAUCGCAAGUGGCAAGGCAGGGAAAAGGGGCCGAGCAAAGGGAGAAAAAAAGUGGAGAAAAGGAGAAAGAGCGAGCCAGCCGAAGUGCUCAAGCUGAGGGGGCUGUGUAAAAGGAGAAGAAGCGUUGCUAAUUUUUUUUGUUUGUUUGCUUUUCCAUGCAUGCAUAAUAAGGCCUGAUCAGAGCACGCUGCUGCUGCUGCUUGGAGAGCACUUUUGUAUUUAAAGGCUCGCGAAAGAAAACAGGCGCCUCAGAAGGCUCCGCAGAGAACGCUACUUGUCGGCAAGAGAAGCCGCAGCAGGCGGAAAAAAAGAAAGGAGCUCCCUCGAGCCCGCUGCCUUUUCUUAUGCAGCUCGCCAGAGGGGGAAGGAGGCUUGCAGCGCGCAGUUCGGAGCCCAGUCGGGGCUGCAGCUGACCCAGGGGAGCCUUGCCCGGACGCUGUGGCAUGUGCAAAGAUGCCGCCCGCGAAAAGCGAAGAAAGAAGGUCAGCGUGAGAAGGAGCCCGGCCGCAGCGGCAGCAUCAUGAGCACAGCAGGAAGCCCCUCACCCCCCAGGCUCCACUGACCGUCUCACGGCCUCGCUAAGCCCGGGAGUAGGGGGCGGAGGCUGUUGUGCUGCAGCCGGAACGAGGGAGAGAGAGGAAAAGGCGUCGCUUUGGGGCUCUCCGGAAGACUCCCAGGCAAAGAAGGCGCCGCGCGGAUGGAUUGAUGAGGGCGACCCUCAUGCACACACUUGGCAGGACUUUGGGCAACUUUCCCACCGGCAGUCGCUGCGCUCCCCUCUUCGCCGCCGCCUCCUCGUUCACCUCCCGCCCCCGAUUGUCCCGCAGCCGCGCGCGAUGGUGGGAGCCCGGCAUGCAGGAGCUGGAGGGCGGCGCUGGCGGACUGGGCUGCUCCCGGCUGGCUCCCCGCUGAGGCUGCUGUUCUUGCUGCUGCUCCUGGGCACCACUUGCCCUCCUCCCGGAGCGCACGGCCGACGCCUGAUCUGCUGGCAGGCGAUGGUGCAGUGCCAGGGGGACCCCGACUGUGCCUACGCUUACACCCAGUACGCCGAGGCGUGCGCGCCGGUGCUCAUGGCCGCGGGGGAUGGCUCUGCCGCCGCGUCCUCCUCCAAUAGGCGGCGGUGCCCCAGCCACUGCAUCUCGGCGCUCAUCCAGCUCAACCAGACCAGGCGGGGCCCGGCGUUGGAGGACUGCGACUGCAGCCAGGACGAGAACUGCCGGGCCACCAAGCGCGCCAUCGAGCCCUGCCUGCCCCGCACCGGCGGCGCUGGGGGCAGUGCCGGCGGCGUGAUCGGCUGCACAGAGGCGCGGAGGCGCUGCGACUGGGACUCUCGCUGCAGCACUGCGCUAGGCCGCUACAUGGCCUACUGCGGCAAACUCUUCAACGGCAUGCGCUGCACCGAGCAAUGCCGCGCCGUCAUCGAGGACAUGAUGGCCGUGCCCAAGGCGCUGCUGCUCAACGACUGUGUGUGCGACGGCCUCGAACGGCCCAUUUGCGAGUCGGUCAAGGAAAACAUGGCCCGCCUCUGCUUCGGAGCCGACGCCGGCGCCAACGGCGCAGGCAGCAGCGGCGCCUCCGAUGGGGCCCAAGACGACUACGACGAUGAGGACUACGAAGAGGAGCUGCCAUCCAGGAGCCGGGAUGAGCUCGACGAGGUGGCGGCUGUCGCCGAAACGGGGGCUGCCGGGGGAAACGGCGCUUGUGGCCUGGGGUCCCCCAUUCCCUGGACUCUCCUGGCGGCCGCUUCCAUUUUGCUGCUGUUCUCGUAGCCAUCCCUCCCCCGCCCGCUGUGGCUCUUCUGGGGAACCAGGACUGGCCACAUGGGCCUCGGUGCACCCAAAGGGUUGUCUGGGAAGACGAAGGGAGACCUUCACACAAAGCGGCCUUCCGCUGUGCUGGAUAGACAUGGGAUUCAAAGUUCCCUAUUCGCGUGCAUCUCUUUUCCUAGCACUGAUGCUCAUUUUAAAGCAGUGUGCCUUAAUUCAGAAUGAAACUGCGCCCUCCUGAAAGCAAUACCCAGACGACUUCAGUAGAACUUUGCCCCUUCAGUGAAUCCUCACUAGGACAUUCCUUUGUGGAGGAUCUCUUUUUCCCCUUGGUAUAUAUAUUUAUCUCUGUCACCUGUGUAUGGGCAUUUCCCCCCUUUCAGAAUCAUAUUUGAAAGGGGGUGGUACCGUAUUGUUUUUUUUUUUUUUUAAAUAGCCACUGUUCUAAAGGAAAUACCUGGAUUGUGGAAUGUCUUCUUGGGCACUUUGAUUCCAAACAUAUUUACUUGGAAGUGAAGCCCAUUCUUAAGAAUUUAGGAUUGCAACCUUAGGGCUGUUAUACACAUGCAUCACACAUUUUCUGUACAUGGGAGACAGCAUUCAUACUCUUGUCAUGUAUGUGCACGCAGUGUUUGAAUGUGUGUACCAGUUGCAGCUUCCCAAUAUGUUCAUGAUGCAGGGGUCUUGUCCUUUGCUUGCAUAGGGGAAAUGGGUGUAAAAGUGAGCACUAUGCAAUUUGUUGCCCUUUGGCCUUUUAGCAGUAAGGAAAUGAGUAUUAAAAUUAAAAUGGUUGGCAAAGCUGCUGCAGGUUUAGUGUCAUACUGCCAAUUGAACAUGCAAAUAGUGAAAGUGCUAAUGGCUGUAUGAAAACUGUUGAUAUUGAAGGUAAGAAAGAGCUGGGCUUUUCUAAGAGUGCCUACAAAAUUAAUGCCUUACUUGUUAGAACUAAUCAACAACUGGAAAUUACCACACACACACCUCUAUUUACAGCAUUCAUAAUAAUGCCAGAAAGAAAACUCAGUUUUGGUUCUUUUUAUUGUGGGAAGAACGAAAAGACUUAAGUAGACUGGUUAUAUGACACUUUUUCACAGGUGUUAGAUGUUUCCUCAAAGGCAGACCUUGUAAUGUAGAAUAUGGCAUGAAAAGCACACUGAUGCUGGUACAUCUGUUGAUAUUAGUAAGUGUUUUGUACUUAGUAGGAAGCCUCAGUAAGUUGCAGCUUGUGUGCAGAGAGAGGAGAUGUGUGCACCAUUAUCACCAGGUGAUGACGCACUUACCAUUUUCAUGCUUAUUCUUCAGUGAUGUGUUAUAUGUAAUGUCUGAAGCAGUCCUUGCACACUCACAGUUGCACAACAAAAGCUCACCAGGAAACAUCUUCCACCUCAGCCUAAGGGGAAAAUGAAAAAUGCUGAUCUGUUGGUUGUACUGAACAAUGCAACCUUUGUCUUAAAUGAGCUCUGCACUGCCAUCUUCAAAAGACACUUUUAAAAAUUGACUUGUAUGUAAAAAUAUCCUGAAAAGUUAUAUUGCCUCUGAUCCUAUCAGGGGGCUAACCUCUGGUAAAUCUUAUAUGAGAUGUAUUUAAAACUGGGAUUUGUUACCAGUUGCUCUAGGUUGUAUAUAGAAUUUUAUAGAUUGUAUACUUUGGGAAUAAUUUAUUUUUGAAGAAAUUAAAAGAUUUAACUACACCCCAAUUGCAAUUUAAAUGCUUCUACUUUUUUUCAAAGAAACAUAUCUAAUUUGAUACAUAAAGGGAUUCAAGCAACAGUAAUUCCCAUGAAAAGAGAUCAUAUGUACAGUGUAUUUUAUAGAUUUGAAGUUAACUUCCUUAUUGUUUUGAGAGUUUAUGAACUUUGUAGAAGUGUAUAAAAGCCUUGCUGGACUGCCUUAAACAUUGUAUUUUUAUAGAAUGCGUGAAAAGGUCCUAUGUUUUUAACUAUUGCUUGUGUAUUUUUAUGUGUAAAUUAGUAAAGAGAGAUUUUUAAAGAAU